AUGGCCCUCGACAUUACUGGAAAGAACUAUUUGUCAUGGAUUUUGGAUGCAGAAGUGCACAUUAGUGCCAAGACUUUGGGAAACACUAUUGUUCAGAACAACAAAGAAUCCCCUGAUGAUCGCAGCAAAGCCUUAAUUUUUCUCCGUCAUCACCUUGACGAGGCUUUGAAGUCCCAAUAUCUUACGGUGAAAGACCCGUACACUUUGUGGACAGAGCAGAAAGAUCGUUUUGAUCAUCAGAAGACAGUGAUUUUACCUCGUGCAAGGUAUGAGUGGAUGCAUCUGCGCCUCCAAGACUUCAAGAGUGUAAGUGCAUACAAUUCAACACUUUUUCAAAUUGUCUCUCGUUCAAAACUAUGCGGUGAAGCAGUUAUUGAUGCCGAUAUUUUGGAGAAGACUUACUCCACCUUUCUUGCUUCAAACAUUUUGCUUCAACAACACUAUCGUGAAAGUCACCCAGCAGGUUCUACAGUUGCUCCAGAGAUGAACGCUACAGAAAGUCGUGGCAAUGCUCCUGAAAGCCGUGGGAAAGAACAGGGACGUUCAUUAGGUCCUAAAAAGGCCAACUUCAAGAAGAAGGCUGGUAAUAACUCCCAUUAUCAGAAGGGGAAGAAGAACGUGUUUCCAAAACACAAAGGCAAAAGCUCGCAAAGUCAUUCAAAGCACCAUGAAAGUGUUUGUCACCGAUGUGGUUCACCAGGGCAUUGGGCAAAUGUUUACCGUACUGCAAGGCACCUUGUUGACCUUUAUCAGGCAUCUAUUAAAGGAAAGGAAAAGAAGGCUGAAACCAAUUUUGCCCAAUAUGACAUACCAAUGGAUAUUUCCCAUCUUGAUAUUUCUGACUUCAAGAAUGAUGGAAAUGAGAUUGAAGACAUGGACUCCUUGUUCAAGGAUAUCUGA